AUGUCCCCACAAGCGGCCCAUGCAAUUCAGAGGAGCAGGAGGGUCACGAAAACAACCUUGUCCAUCUUCGAGAUGGUGGACAGACAGCGAGACGAUGUAUCUCUAGUCGCCGAUGAGAAUGGAAGCACUGCACGCAAAGCAACAAGGGGCGCAUCGCGGGUCAUACAUGGCACGCCCAAUACAGGCAAGAGCCAUGUCGACUUCGUGCCAUGCUCAGGCCGUAUAGACAAUCGAAAUUCACAUCGACUAUCGAUUACCCAGCCGCCGGCCCCAAGCGGUCUUCUUUGGAUCCAACCAUCGCACACGCUACUUCGCCUCCGACGCGUCCAAUCCCUUGCAGAAGUUUCGUCGCAGACUCCUGAAGCUCUCGGUACCUCAGACAGUCAAGCUUCGACUGCUCCUUCGCCCGCGGUCUUUGCAGUCAGGCUUCGUCCUCGUCGCACUGACCACUUCAAAUCGGUCGAUGCCACAACAUGCGGCAGCUCGACCUUCUCUCUAGCACAGCUUGGAAAAAGUACCAUGAAUAGCCAUAUGGGCAUGACAUUCGUCCGUGUUGUCAACCAGCAGAUGGAACUCCAAGCAAUGGAGGAUACCGUCGUCUCCGAUCGUCUAUACAAUGUCACUGGUCGUUGA